AUGCUACAGUUUGGUUCAUCAUCACAAGCAAUCCGAAACCGGUUAUUAUAUUUAUUUUUUGAAAGGAUUAGAAAAACACAGCUAUGCAAAUGGCAUAUUAGGAUUGGAUGGAGAAAUUAUGAAAAACAAUGGCGGCAAUGGUUUCAUUGGCGGCCACAAUUUCUGAUAGCUAUUACAGCAGCUGGUUUUUCAUUUCAACAAAAUGGAAUCUCAGAUGAAAUGAUAAUGGCAGAAGCAAAAACGAGUACAAACAAUGAUUGUGAAGAUUGGGAAGUUGUACGUAAUGAAGGAAAUUCGAAAGUAUUACGAAGGUUGCAUGCUGGUACCGGUUUAUAUGAAUUUCGCUGCUCAGGUUCAUACGAUGAUAUUACGGCCAGUGAUUUUGUGGAUGCUCAAAUGGAUUUAGCUUUCCGGAAGAAAUGGGAUCCAAAUGUUGAAAAAUUGGAGUUAGUUCGAAAAGAUGAUGAUACCGAUUCGGAAUUGAUCCAUUGGGUUGCUAAGUUUCCUUAUCCAAUGUAUCCACGUGAAUACGUAUUUGUAAGACGAAGAUACAUCGAUGAAAAGGAUCAUUGUAUUGUGAUAGCAAAUUGUGCGGUAGCAGAUAGUGCUAAUAUUAUUCCACGGUGUGAAAAGAAAUAUGUACGUGUGGAGACUUAUCGGUCGAUAAUGGUAGUUCGAGCUCAUAAAACUUUUGAUUGUAAAGGAUUCGAUUAUGUUCUUUCAUAUUAUGAUAAUCCUGAGAGUAAUAUACCGAAAUAUGCCUAUAAUUGGUUGGUUAAUUAUGGUGGACCAUAUUAUCUUCGUCAGGUUCAUGAUGCUGCAAAGAAAUUAGAACAACAACGAGUUGAAAAGUCGAUUAACAACACUGAGACAAUAAAAGCAGACAAGUCAAGAGCAGAAGUUUCGAGUAAGUUAUCAAAUAACGAGGACAAUAGCGAGCAAAAAGUUGAUUCACCAGAUUUAUCGAAAAUGACUGAAAAGGUACUAGAGUCAACGGAGGAAGAUGCAGAAGCAUCGGAUACUGCUGACCUCGAAUUCGAGGUAAUGGCCAAUUGCGCAAUUACCAUUCACAUUCCAAUUAGUAUUGUUGAUACGGUUUGGUAA